UGAAGGUUGGGUCGGGUCGGGUCAACAUUGACCCAACAGCAGUGAACAUUAACAUACCUUAAAAACCGACCUUGACGGCUACGUUUGAUAUUUCAGAUCUCCAUUUUCCCAAUUUCGUAACACCCUCUUCGCCUUUCAAUUUCACUUCAAGUUUCAGGAAUUUAGAAAUGGCAGAAUCAAAACCAGGAUUGAGAAAGCCAGUAUUCACCAAGGUUGAGCAGCUUCGCCCGGGGACUAGUGGACAUACUCUAACUGUGAAAGUGGUCAGUUCUAAGAUGGUGAUGCAGAAGGGUCGUCCCGAUGGUCCUCAACCUCGUCAAAUGCGAAUUGCUGAAUGUUUGGUGGGUGAUGAAACAGGAAUGAUCGUAUUCACCGCCAGAAAUGAUCAAGUGGAUCUGAUGAAAGAGGGCUCUACUGUCAUCCUGCGAAAUGCCAAAAUUGACAUGUUCAAAGGAUCAAUGAGGCUUGCUGUGGACAAGUGGGGCCGUGUUGAAGUCACAGAACCUGCUAGUUUCACUGUUAAGGAAGAUAGUAACCUAUCCCUUAUUGAAUAUGAACUGGUGAAUGUUGUGGAGUGACUCAUUGGAACAUUUUGCAACCUCUGCUGUGUUAUAAUGAGAAUAAAACUAUUUAUCCAGCAAAGCAGUCUACUAAGGAAUAGAGAUUUGGAAGCCAGUGGUAUGCAGAGUUGCUUUCUUUCAGUUGACAAAGUUGUUCUUGUACGUUGAACCACUGAACAGAAGAUUGCACUAAAUGAAAGAUAAGGGAAUUGGCUACCAGAUCUUGCUAUCUAUUUACUUUUGGAUUUUGUGUAUCUUCAUCUACCUUUGAUCAUAUGUAGUAUAAUAUUAUAUGUGGAAGACGAGCCUGCUUCAUACUUUUAAGUAUUCCUUUCCUUGGCUUCAUACACCUUAUUAAUUAUCUUUAACUGA